GCGUCUUUGUGCGCAAUGUUGAGGCUCCUCGAGCGGCCAAGCGCGAGCAGUAAGAUGGCGCAGUUGACGUCCGGCAGACUGAGGCGUCUACUGCAAAUAUACGCCAACAAAUCAUCGUCUUUAUGCGGAGGACCGGGAUUUGAACACAAUUCGGCUUUGGGAGUACACUUCGUACGCCGCUGGAGGUCGGUGGACUUGAAGGAGCGUCAGAAGCAGAUGAUGGCCCGUGGUCUCCCCAAGCAGAAACCCAUCAGCGGGGUCAAGCAGGUCCUGGUGGUGGCUUCGGGCAAAGGGGGCGUGGGCAAGUCCACCACAGCAGUCAACCUGGCGCUGGCCCUGAUGGCCAACGACCCGGCCAAGACCGUGGGUCUGCUGGACGCUGACAUCUACGGACCCUCCAUACCCAAACUCAUGCACCUCAAGGGGAACCCACAGCUCACCAGCAACAACAGGAUGCUGCCGCUGAGCAACUACGGCGUCCCCUGCAUGUCCAUGGGCUUCCUGGUGGAGGACGGGGCCCCCGUGGUGUGGCGGGGCCUCAUGGUGAUGUCGGCCAUGGAGCGGCUCCUGAGGCAGGUGGAGUGGGGCCCGCUGGACUACCUGCUCGUGGACAUGCCGCCCGGGACCGGCGACGUCCAGCUGUCCAUCUCCCAGAACGUGCCGGUAGCAGGUGCGGUGGUGGUGUCCACGCCGCAGGACAUCGCCCUGCUGGACGCUCGCCGGGGAGUCCAGAUGUUCAAGAAGGUCCACGUGCCGGUUCUGGGCCUGGUGCAGAACAUGAGCGUCUUCACCUGUCCCAAAUGUCAGCACCAGACUCACAUCUUCGGAGCCGACGGCGCUCGGCAGCUGGCCGACACCCUGGGAGUCCCACUCCUAGAUUUAAAAGUUGCUAUUUCCGACGUCUCAGGCGACAUUCCACUCCACCUCAACAUCCGGGAGACGUCAGACCGAGGACAGCCGGUGGUGGUCUCGUCCCCCAGCAGCCCCGAGGCGGCGGCGUACCGGAAGGUGGCGGCUGCCGUGGUCCAAAGACUGGAGGAGUUGGAGCAGACCCAGGGUGCAGUUCUCUAGGCGACCAGCAGAGGGAGCCAUUGGCUUUAAACAUCAUAGUCUUGUCCCCAUACUAAUAUUUUGGUCCUGGUACCAAACAGUUUUUGCUACUUUUGGUACCGGUACCACAAUAUUGGAAUGGGGACCACAAUAAUGUAGAUGGACAUUGUCCGUGGGUGACUCAUUUCGUCCAUAAGUGAACAAAUAUCCAACCAAAUCAAUCUUUCAUUAAAUUGUCAAAUGAUUUUUAA